GGCGCGGACUGGAGGCGCCCGCCGCUGUGGACGGGCUCGGUGAGCUGGCCUGUGGUGCAGGAGGAGGGCUUAGGAGCCCGCAAGCAACACCAGGAGAAGGGGGGAGGCAGCCCCGCAGUGCAGGAACGUGGGGAGGCCCUUGCCGGGGUGCAGGAGCGGGGGGAAGGUAGCCCACGCGGGCUGCGGCAGCUGUCGGAAUUUGGGGACCGCUCCUGGGAGCGCGGGAAGGGACUUGAAAGUUCCGGGGAGCAGGGCGGGCAGUACUGGGAGAGCUGCGGGCACCUCAGACAGGGGACGGUGGUUCUAGGAGAGGCCCGGACUCGCAGAGAGAGACUCGAGCUGGUGGGGAGGGCACGGCCUGUGGGGCCCCAGGGACCUGAGGGGGAGGGGCGCCUGGGGGUGCAGGAAGCAAAUUGGCUGCCCGGGGUGCAGGAGGGACAGGUGGUGCGGGCCGUCCAGGAAACAUACCUGGACGGGAAGGGGUCUCUGGAAGGAGAGGGGCCCCCUGAGGGGCACAGUAUCCGGAGGCGCAGGCGCCGGAGGCGGUGGUAAGCCACAAGCUGGCUGCCCAGCACCAGGAUCGCUCCAGGGCUAAAGUGAGCACAAGAUGUAGGGGUUUGGGGAGUGGGGAGCAGAAGAGCCCUGUGAACCUGGGAGUGUUGGAAGCUACGGCCUGAGAGAAGGCUGUGUCCUGCUGGAUCCUCUUCUGCCACCGCAGCCUGGACAUCAAAGCUGUAUCUGCAGAGUCCGCAGAAGAGGCUGGGGAGCAGCAGCAUGCAGCCAGAGGAGGGCACAGGCUGGCUGCUGGAGCUGCUGUCCGAGGUGCAGCUGCAACAGUACUUCCUGCGGCUCCGCGACGACCUCAAUGUUACCCGCCUGUCCCACUUUGAGUAUGUCAAGAAUGAGGACCUGGAGAAGAUUGGCAUGGGCCGGCCUGGCCAACGGCGGCUGUGGGAGGCUGUGAAGAGGAGAAAGGCCAUGUGCAAGCGCAAGUCCUGGAUGAGCAAGGUGUUCAGUGGAAAGCGACUGGAGGCUGAGUUGCCCCCUCAUCACUCUCAGAGCACCUUCCGGAAGACCUCGCCCACCCCUGGUGGCCCGGCAGGGGAGGGACCUCUGCAGAGCCUCACCUGCCUCAUUGGGGAGAAGGACCUGCAUCUCUUCGAGAAGCUCGGAGAUGGCUCCUUUGGUGUGGUGCGCAGGGGCGAGUGGGACGCCCCCUCAGGGAAGACGGUGAAUGUGGCUGUGAAGUGCCUGAAGCCUGAUGUGCUGAGUCAGCCAGAGGCCAUGGACGACUUCAUCCGGGAGGUCAAUGCCAUGCAUUCACUUGACCACCGAAACCUCAUUCGCCUCUAUGGUGUGGUACUCACACCACCCAUGAAGAUGGUGACAGAGCUGGCGCCUCUGGGAUCAUUGUUGGACCGGCUUCGCAAGCACCAGGGUCACUUCCUUCUGGGUACUCUGAGCCGCUAUGCUGUGCAGGUGGCUGAGGGCAUGGGCUACCUGGAGUCCAAGCGUUUUAUUCACCGUGACCUGGCUGCCCGCAACCUGCUGUUGGCCACACGUGACCUGGUCAAGAUUGGGGACUUCGGGCUGAUGCGAGCACUACCCCAGAAUGACGACCACUAUGUCAUGCAGGAGCAUCGCAAGGUGCCCUUUGCCUGGUGUGCCCCUGAAAGCCUGAAGACACGCACCUUCUCCCAUGCCAGCGACACUUGGAUGUUUGGGGUGACGCUGUGGGAGAUGUUCACCUAUGGCCAGGAGCCCUGGAUUGGCCUUAAUGGCAGUCAGAUCCUGCAUAAGAUUGACAAGGAAGGGGAGCGUCUUCCCCGGCCCGAGGACUGCCCCCAAGACAUCUACAAUGUUAUGGUCCAGUGCUGGGCUCACAAACCAGAGGACAGACCCACCUUUGUGGCCCUGCGGGACUUCCUGUUGGAGGCCCAGCCCACUGACAUGCGGGCCCUUCAGGACUUUGAGGAACCGGACAAGCUGCACAUCCAGAUGAAUGAUGUCAUCACCGUCAUUGAGGGGAGGGCUGAGAAUUACUGGUGGCGCGGGCAGAACACACGGACGCUGUGUGUGGGGCCCUUCCCUCGAAACGUGGUGACCUCCGUGGCUGGCCUGUCGGCCCAGGACAUCAGCCAGCCCCUGCAGAAUAGCUUCAUUCACACGGGUCAUGGCGACAGUGAUCCCCGCCAUUGCUGGGGCUUCCCUGACAAGAUCGAUGAACUGUAUCUGGGAAACCCUAUGGACCCUCCUGACCUGCUGAGCGUGGAACUGAGUACCUCCCACCCCACCCAGCAUCUGGGAAGGGUGAAAAAACCAACCUAUGAUCCUGUGAGCGAGGACCAAGACCCCUUGUCCAGCGAAUUCAAGAGGCUGGGUCUGAGGAAGCCAGGCUUGCCCCGUGGGCUGUGGCUGGCAAAGCCCUCAGCCCGGGUGUCGGGCACCAAGACAGGCCGUGGUGGCGGUGGCAGCGAGGUCACACUCAUCGACUUCGGUGAGGAGCCUGUGGUCCCAUCCCCACGGCCUUGCGCACCCUCACUGGCGCAGCUGGCCAUGGAUGCCUGCUCCUUGUUGGACAAGACACCGCCUCAAAGCCCCACACGGGCACUGCCCCGGCCCCUGCACCCCACGCCUGUGGUGGACUGGGAUGCACGCCCACUGCCGCCACCUCCCGCCUACGAUGAUGUGGCCCAAGAUGAGGAUGACUUUGAAGUCUGCUCCAUCAACAGCACACUGGUGGGCACAGCGGUCUCUCCUGGGCCCAGCCAGGGUGAGACCAAUUAUGCCUUUGUGCCUGAGCAGGCACGGUUCCUUCCUCCCCUGGAGGACAACCUGUUCCUCCCACCUCAGGGUGGGAGCAAGCUGCCCACCUUGGCCCAGACUGCAGAGAUCUUCCAGGCCCUGCAGCAGGAGUGCAUGCGGCAGCUGCAGGUCCCGGCCAGCUCGCUGGUCCCCUCACCCAUCCCAGUGGGCGAUGACAAGCCCCAGGUGCCGCCUCGGGUGCCUAUCCCCCCGAGGCCCACGCGCCCACGCGGUGAGCUGUCUCCAGCUCCCUCAGGUGAGGAGGAGAUGGGGCGGUGGCCUGGACCUGCCUCCCCUCCCCAGGUGCCUCCCCGGGAGCCCCUGUCCCCUCAAGGCUCAAGGACCCCCAGUCCCCUGGUGCCACGUGGCAGCUCCCCGUUGCAACCCCGGCUCUCAAGUUCACCUGGGAAGACCAUGCCCACCACCCAAAGCUUUGCCUCAGACCCCAAGUACGCCACACCCCAGGUGAUCCAAGCACCUGGCCCACGGGCUGGUCCCUGCAUCCUGCCCAUUGUCCGUGAUGGCAAGAAGGUCAGCAGCACCCACUACUACCUGCUGCCUGAGCGCCCACCCUACCUGGAGCGCUACCAGCGCUUCCUGCGUGAGACACAGAGUCCUGAAGAACCGGCCCCCUUGCCUGUACCCUUGCUGCCCCCACCCAGCACCCCAGCCCCUGCUGCCCCCACGGCCACUGUUCGACCCAUGCCUCAGGCUGCCCCAGACCCCAAGGCCAACUUCUCCACCAACAACAGCAAUCCAGGGGUCCGGCCACCAGCCCUGAGGGCCACUGCUUGGCUGCCACAGAGGGGCUGCUCUGGGGACGGGCCAGAGGCUGGACGGCCAACAGAUAAGAUCCAGAUGCUGCAGGCCAUGGUGCACGGGGUGACCACAGAGGAGUGCCAGGCGGCCCUGCAGAGCCACAGCUGGAACCUGCACAGGGCUGCCCAGUAUCUGAAGGUGGAGCAGCUCUUUGGGUUGGGCCUACGGCCGCGAGGCGAGUGCCAUAAAGUGCUGGAGAUGUUCGACUGGAACUUGGAGCAAGCCGGCUGCCACCUUCUGGGCUCCUGUGGCCCUGCCCACCACAAGCGCUGAGAUGUCUGGAGUGCCGGAGGGUCUGCCCUGAAGGAAUCACUUGAGCCUGUCCAUCUGACAAGCAUGGGAAGAUGCCCAUCCCAGACCUGGAGUACCUGCUGCCACCUACUGUUCCUACUGGCAGAGCGAGGCCAAGGCAGCAGGAGGCUGAGAGCCCUGCCUUGCCUGUCCCUCCCUCACCCAACACUGUCCCUGCAACUUCGGUUUGGCCCACGGUGCCCCAAGCCAAAGUGCAGUAAGUUGCUGGUGAAGACAGGCCUGAGGGUGGCCUCAGCAGGCCCUGCGGCUGAUUUGCCUCUGGCUUCAUCCACCCUGGUAGGGCCUGCUGCUGGAGUGUGUCCCCAAGUCCUGCCAACGGGAAAGCCAGGCUUGACCCUGGGCCGGGAGAAUGUGUUGGCCACACUGAAAGGUAGACCAGCACAGGGCUGGGCCCUUCUCCAGAGAGCCCCUGGCUGACAGUUGGGGUGUCAGACAGGAUGUGACUUGUGGCCUUGCCAUGGAGAGUGUUUUGGGACUUGGCUGGUCUCAGGAUUGAAUGCCUGGAAAUAGCCUGCGGUGGCUCAAGAAGCAGGGCAUAGGUGCCAGAUAGUUCCCUGGCAGGGACCAGGGCCCAUGGCCCCAGGGUUGGAAGGAGACCAAGGGGGUAGUUACCCUGGAGGGUUACUAGGGCUUGCUCUGACCCAGCUCUUCCCCUGUGCUGUUCCCUGUGUUCCUACCAGCCUCUGUCACCAAAGUUGCUGCCCUAGCUAUGGAUACCUGCUUCUU